AAUGAGAUGAUCAUGAAGGGAAGAGAGGUGUUCCCUGCUGAUGGCAGGUGAUUAGGCAGUCUGCCCUCUCAUCCAUGUAACCAUUUCAUCUUCAUGGCAGCAGCAGAAAGAUGCAGACAGCACCCACAGUCUGCCCGUGUCCAUUGACAGUGAAGGCAAACUGCUGCCUCCAGAAUCACCUAAGUCUUCAUAUUCACCAAAGUUUCCUCGUUCACCACGAUUUGGUCGAUCACGAUCGCCCAGUCCAAAAAAUGUGGGCUCCUCACAGAAUGAAAAGAUGUACGGGCCACGAGACAAGCGAUCCACAUCCUGGAGUGGCCGUCCCAUAUGGAUAGAAAGAGCUGUGGCCGGAAGGAUCAGAGUUCCACAUACACUACAGGUCCACACCUACACCAAGCCCACCAUUUGUCAGUACUGCAAGAAGUUGCUAAAGGGGCUUUUCAGACAAGGACUCCAGUGCAAAGAUUGUAAGUUUAACGUCCAUAAGAAGUGUGCCCCUAAACUGCCAAAAGACUGCACUGGAGAGGUAGCAUUCCAUCGAGGUAGGAGGGAUGAUGAGUUGGAGCUUGGUGCAGAGAACAGCACUGUGUCAGAGGAGGGGGAAGAAAAUGAGAGUGAGAUAGACUUUGAUGAGAUCUCUACAGAGAAGAGUGAAAAUGAUGAGAGCUCACAGGAGCAGGAGGAGGGAGUGGAUCAGGACAGAGCCGCCCUACUCAGCCCUGUGAUGAGUAACAACAUUCCACUGCAGAGGAUAGUGCAGUCUGUCAAACAUACCAAGCGUCGCAGCAGCAAAGUUCUGAAGGAGGGAUGGAUGGUCCACUUCACCAACAAGGACAACAUGCGUAAGAGACACUACUGGCGUCUAGACACCAAGUCAUUGACCUUUUUUCAGAGUGAUGUAGGGAGUAAAUAUUACAAGGACAUUCCUCUGGCAGAGAUUCUGAGAGUGCAGGCAGCCCAGCAGGAGCGCUCAUUCGAAGGGGGCCGUGGAGCCCACUGCUUUGAGAUUGUGUCUGCCAAUGUUGUGUACUAUGUGGGGGAGAAACGUGUGGAUGGGGAGGUCCCUACAGUGGACCCUGAGAGUGGGGUGGGGGCAGCUGUGUCAAAGAUGUGGGAGAUGGCCAUUCGACAAGCCCUGAUGCCAGUCACCCCACAGGCUAGCACAGCAAGCACCACAAGCAUCACUAGUCACACACUGAAUGACCCUGACCAGACCAAUGAUCCCAUGGAUGGCAACCUUGACAUCAGCCAGCAAUACCAGAUCUUUGCUGAUGAUAUCUUGGGCUCUGGCCAGUUUGGAGUGGUUUAUGGAGGUGUGCACAGAAAAUCAGGUCGUCAGGUGGCAAUCAAGGUGAUUGAUAAGCUGCGCUUUCCCACUAAGCAAGAAACACAGCUCAAGAAUGAAGUGUCCAUACUCAGAAGCAUUAAUCACCCAGGCAUAGUCCGUCUGGAGCGGAUGUUUGAGACCCCUGAGCGGGUGUUUGUUGUCAUGGAGAAGCUGAAGGGAGACAUGCUGGAGAUGAUCCUGUCCAGUCAGAAGGGCCGUCUGAACGAACGUGUCACCAAAUUCCUGGUCACUCAGAUUCUCGUGGCACUAAAGUAUCUGCAUUCAAAGAACAUUGUGCACUGUGACCUGAAGCCAGAGAAUGUGCUUCUGUCCUCCGAUAACGCUUUUCCUCAGGUGAAGUUGUGUGACUUUGGCUUUGCCAGAAUCAUUGGUGAGAAGUCCUUCAGAAGAUCAGUUGUGGGGACUCCUGCAUAUCUGGCCCCAGAAGUGUUGAGAAACAAGGGUUACAACCGGUCACUGGACAUGUGGUCUGUAGGUGUCAUCAUCUAUGUCAGCUUGAGUGGUACCUUCCCCUUCAACGAGGAUGAAGACAUCAAUGAUCAGAUCCAGAACGCUGCCUUUAUGUUCCCACCAAACCCAUGGAAGGAGAUCUCUGAUGAAGGUAGCGUCGGAUCAGCUGUUGACCUGAUUACAAACCUGCUGCAAGUAAAGAUGAGAAGACGUUUCACUGCCGACAAAUGCCUGGCACACAUCUGGCUACAGGACUUCUACACCUGGUGUGACCUGCGAGAGCUUGAGGGCCAGGUGGGCAGCAGGUACCUGACACAUGAGAGUGAUGAUGCCCGAUGGGAAGCCUACCGCAGAGAACAUGUGGAAGGCAAGAAGGGAGACAAGCACAAGAAGCACUACAGUCCACAGAUCUUGAGAGAACGUGUCAGCGCGUUGUGAGACUACAAUCAUCAUUACAAGGAGCCAGUGACAACAGCAUAGCUGACAUUUCCCAAGGCCAAUGUCUUGCCUUUUUUACUUGUUUUUACCAUUCAAUCUGCAUCUUAGAUGCUGUUGAUUUCAAAAAGUUUUUUUCAGGAGAAUUUUAUAAGACAUAUUCCUCUCCAGGGCUCCUUUCUAUUGUAGUUUCCAGCCAUACAACACCGCAAGGCUGACAGUACUUACAUCAGUAUUUAUUGCUAAACCAUAUGAAUCAAUAGAAGUGCACUGUGCACUGAAAGCUUGGUUUGAUUUUAACAAGGACAUCUUGUAAACCCAUCGAACUGAGAGAUAUUAAAAUAUUGACAAGCAAGUUUUUUUUUUACUUUACUGAUUUUCCCUUGUUUACUUUGAGUUUUUGUUGAGAUUGUUGUUGACAUAGUAAUAUAAGGUACCAGUACCUGUCCUUAGAAUGUUUGUAUGUUCCUCUGACAGAGUUGUGUGUUAUUUAUCUAAUGACCAACAUGUGGUCAUUCACAUGAUAAGAUUUGAUACUAGUUGUCUGCCACUAAUUACAACACUCUAGACCACUAGUGUUUCUAAAGAACCAAGGCUUACCUUUGUGUUACCUGGCAUUCAACAAGGUAACGGUGAAGUCAGAACACUGCAGAUUCAUUAUCAAUAUCACAAUGAGCUUUUAACAAAAUAAGUGACUGAGGACAAGUUUUAGAAGAUGUGGAUGUAAUGAUUGUGAUCAGUUUGACUCUGUAAAAUGGGUAACUGAAGGUUUCAUCAGACUGGUUGGCUGAAUGGUUGGUUGAUGGCAUUGUGAACAUACAUAAUGAUCGUAAACAUGCAUGUCACAACUAUCUGAGCCAUGUAAUUUAAAAAAAUGAAAGGUCUCAGUGUUUCUGAGUGUUACUUUCAAAAUCUAUCAUGGCUAGUAUGAUGACUACUCCUGAAUAACUUUUGUGGUUGUAUCUAUUUGGAUUUCCUUGUACCUGGUUGUAGUUGUUUUGAUUCUGGGAAUGAUUUCUUAACAUUCAUCAAACAUUAAUUCUAAUGGUGCUUUGAAAGCUAAGUCAUGGACUCAACAAACAGUAAUACCAUUGUAGGAUAUGAAUACCAGACCUGGGUUACUCAGACACUCAAGUAACUAGUCAUUUUUGGUUAGUGAUUAACCAGAUUUAUGCUAUAAAAAACUAAGAGUUCUUCCAUUUUACAAAAACAGUUUUGUCACAUGUGUGGUCCAACGUUUUUUUUUUAUUCGAACUGAUCUGUAGUCUGCAUAAACCAAGCACUGAGAAGGAACAUCAUACAUUCCAAAGUCAUCAUGUCUAUAUUACAAUCGUACAUUUCUUUGCUAGGGCAAAGAAUCUUGCUGGUAUUGCAAUACAUUUGUCAUUCUAGGGACAGAACUGGCUCACUAGAUUUCCACAUUUAAUUUAAAGGUAUUGUCAUGAGUUGCAGUGACCUGAAUAAAUGUUAUAAAUGGUUUUGUUCAGGUAAAUAAGCAAAAACAAGAGCAAGUAGAUUAACUGCGAAGUUCCAACCCUAAUCCCAGCUUUUGCCUUGACAUGAUGUAGACUGAUGAUAUAUUGUACAAGACCAGUUGUUCUCUGCUGGUGCAGGUGAACUUAUCAUUCUCUGAGUAACCCAAGUCUGGAUCCCCGUUUAACCUAUAUUAAAUUAUUUUCUGACCAGAUCUAAACUGGGCUGGAACCUUAUAUAGGCACAACGAAACUUAAACAUUGCAACCAAUAGAGAAGCUGGCCUUCUGUUAUGUGCUACCCUAUGUAGGACUGCAUAAUAGUGAUAUUGUCAGCAAUGCAACAAACUUGGUUAAUUGUAACAGAAGUCAAGAAUUGGGACCUACAGGGAGUAUCAUCUUUGAGAAGAAUAUUUCAUGUUCCCAUUGUUGUCAGUCUAUUAGAAAUGGCCAUUUUGUGUAGUCCAAUCCAAAGCCUCUAAAAUCAGUGGGAGAAUGACUCAUAUUGGCCUAGUUCAGGCCAAUCAGAAGAUAAAGUAACACACAUAUGCUGAAGUUACCAAGCAUGGUGUGAAGAAUUCAGGAUCAGGAUGUUUUCCAAAUUAAGAACAAUUGUGAUAACCAUGUAUGUGUGACUGAUGGAACAGAAAGAAACUGUGUGCCAUUGUAGUGGUCUAUCAGCAUUUAAAUCAUGGAAUACAUGAACAGUGCAGAAAAAGUUGAGCUAUAUCAUCCAUAUCAUUGAUGGACACAAAAUGAUGCUUUGUUUUUCAAGUAAGUAACAGUAAACUGACUACCAUUCCAUAGACAUCUUAAGUCAAGCUAAGAACGCUGGACUUCCAUUUUGUAGGUCCUCUUACUUGACAUGGCGUUGUAUCAUGAACUGGUAUUGUUUGUAGUUGCCAAAUGUGUGCAUUACUUCGUGUGUAUGAAGUUUCUCCAUUAGACCCUCUGGACAACUGAAGACUCGAGAUAUUGAUGUUUUAAAUGUUGGCAUUGACAUAAGAACUUAAAACUGAUUGUCACUGUUAAAAAGUAGCAAGAUUGUUCAACAUUACUGUUGUUGACAACUUGAUCCUGCAUGCUAUUAUCAGUAUGUAUUACUGUUCUGUAUAUAUAAAGUGGUGACUACAAGAAACAAUCUACAACAGAGCUUAUCAAUGUUGGAAAAUUGGUCAAAGUCACUACAAAAGGUAUUGUGUGGAUAUAUUGUGGUCUAUAAUGCAGAGAUUUCAGCAUUUCUAAGUCAUAUGGUGUUCAUUUCCAAACUGUCAUGAGCUUUUCAUUCUGUUGCAUUUAUUAUUGAAAGAAAAAGUGCACACUGCUUUGAAUGAUACUUGUUAAGAUGUGUUGCAUUUCUGUUAUUGGUCAAUGGAAAAUGGCUACAAAUCAUGCUCUGUUCAGAACUUUACCCCGGUAAACACAAAAGUUAUGAAGCUAUACAUAAUACAUGUAUAAGUACAGUGGAAGAACUUUGCUUAAUUCUCUGGACAAAAUACAAAUGAUAUAGAUGAAGACUUUUUUUACAAGGCAGGUCAAAAAAUGCAGAAAUAAGCUAUUGGAUUUUUUUGACAAUGGCAUUUUAGUCCCAGUUCUUUUGAGUUUUAUAUAAAAUUUUGAUAUCACAUAUAUGAACAAAAGUUUUUAAAACAUUUUCAAAGAUGAAAAUUACUAUGGUGUUAGAGUUGUAUUCUGGUGACUGACCAGGAUUGUUGUAUUUGCUAGAUAUGUUGCUUCAUGCCUGGAUACUUAAGCUUGAAAGGUACUGGAUCUUGUCUUAACUGGCUCUACACUUCGUAUGGCAUUCCGGUGUAGAAGCAAUAAGAGGGAAUGACAAUGAAGGAUCAUGAAUGGGUUCAAGCAAAAUGGAAACAAAUUACAUACAUGGCCAUCAUCAUGCAUGGCCAUUGCUCAUGAAAAAAUUACACUUCGACAUUUUUUAAUCUACACCAGAAGUUUGGUGAAAAGUUUAUCAGGUUUUGGUUCAACUCCUCUAUCUUUCUCUUUAUGUAGAAAUUGUGAUCAGUAGUUGCAAAUGGUCUAGAAAAGAGGACUUUGUUGUCUAGUUUUAGUAUGUUUAUGUACUUCAGUGUAUUUGCUAAGUUAUUGCUGUAAGCUAAGCCAUGAUAAAGAGGCCUAAGCAUAGGUGAUAGGUUUAAUUUGAACAAUCAUUGUUUUGCGUACAGAAAACUGUAUUGUACAAAGUGCAAGACAUUCUUAUACCUUAUGGUGAGAUAUUUGUAAAAGUAGUAUGUGCCAAAGAAGUUUUGUGCUUGCCAUAGAAACACACUGUACUCAUGGUAGCAGGCUAUAAUUA